AUGCAGGAAUCUCAUUAUACAACUCAAGAAAAAAAUUUUACUAUAGGAAAUGAAGAUUAUGUUGAUGUAUAUACAGAUGGAGCAUGCUCAUCAAAUGGUAGAAGAGGUGCACAAGCAGGAAUUGGUGUUUGGUUUGGAGACAAUCAUCCUUUAAAUGUAUCCAAACCUGUAGUUGGUAGGGCAACUAAUAAUAUGGCAGAGAUUCAAGCAGUGACAGUAGCAGCUAGACAGGCCAAAAAAGCAGGCAUAAUGAAAUUAAAAAUUAAUACAGAUUCCAAAUUCCUUAUUAAUUGUAUCACAAAUUGGAUGCCCAAAUGGAAAAGAAAUGGGUGGAAAACUGCAACUGAUAAACCAGUUAUCAAUAAAACUGAACUCUUAGAAAUGGAAGCAGCCUUGAAAUCUAUAGAUGUUAAAUGGAAUCAUGUGAAUGGACAUGUUGGUAUAUAUGGUAAUGAAAUGGCAGAUAAAUUAGCAAGACAAGGUAUUACAAAUUAUAAGUAA